AUGGCUCGUGAAGAUGAAUAUGACUACCUAUUUAAAGUGGUGCUUAUCGGAGAUUCAGGUGUUGGAAAGAGUAAUUUAUUAUCACGCUUUACUCGAAAUGAAUUUAAUUUAGAAAGUAAAAGCACCAUUGGUGUCGAAUUCGCUACACGAAGUAUUCAAGUUGAUAAAAAAACAAUCAAAGCACAAAUAUGGGAUACAGCUGGGCAAGAACGGUAUCGUGCAAUAACUAGUGCAUACUAUCGUGGAGCAGUUGGUGCUUUACUUGUUUAUGAUAUAAGUAAACAUAGUACAUAUGAAAAUGUUGAAAGAUGGUUAAAAGAAUUACGUGAUCAUGCCGAUUCAAAUAUUGUUAUUUCACUGGUAGGUAAUAAAUCUGAUUUACGACAUUUACGUUCGGUACCAAGUGAUGAAGCUAAAGCGUUUGCUGAAAAAAAUGGUAUUUCAUUUAUUGAAACAUCAGCUUUAGAUUCGACAAACGUUGAACAAGCAUUCCACACAAUACUUACAGAAAUUUAUCGUAUUGUUUCUCAACGUCAAAUUCAAGAUCAAAUUGGACAUUCAGGUAUGAGUGGAGGAAAUCCAACACCUGUUCCAAUUAAACUUCGUCCAACAGAUUCUGACUUUAAGAAUGGAUCAUGUUGUUCUUAG